AUGCACUUUUAUCGAGCGAUGCGCCGGCCACGCCGCACCGCGCCGCUCCUCCCACUGACGCUGCUGCUGCUGCUGUGCGCUGCCGCUGGAUGUCUUGCCGACGCUCCCGCCGGAGUUGCGCAGGGGGAAAAGGCAUCGCAGGAGCCACGGCAAGACGAGGGCACAAGUGACACUCCAAAAGGCCCAGGCGGUGGUGAUAAACAGCUGAGUGCUGACAGCACACAGCCGGGCAGUGGCGCGGGGCCGGCGAAGGCAGGCACCGUUACGGCACCGGAAAGCUCAGAUCGCAGCGAGAACGAUGGGCAGAAGCCGGCACCGCGAGCAGCAGGCGAGCCCCCAACCGUCCCAGAGGCGCCACAAGCAACGGAAACACCGCCGGAAGCCAAAGAGAACGGGAGCGCAACCGGAACUCUGCAAAAACCGGGGGAGGCCGCAGUUACCGCAGGGAGUGCGUCGGCCGACGGUGGUGCGGCGCAAGAGGCCCCGUCGCUUUCUUCUCCGAGCGGCGGUGUUCCUGCCAGCAGCGACGCCAAGGAGCCCACUGAGAAGACUCCCGAGGCCACCCAAACUUCUGAGGGUGCGCAGACACAUGAAGGCGGAAGGCAACAAGGUGAAACUGCCGCUGGCAGUGCGAGGGACAAAGCACCGGCAGCAGAGGCCUCCACCAACACAAACGACGCAGCGACUCCAGCAGCUGGCGGAGAAGGAGCCGCAACACCGCCAGCCACCACAACCAAAAAGAAUGCAACGAAGCCGGCGCCCGGCGACAGUGAAGGCAGCAGCGCCGCGGCCUCGCACUCUGCCUCCCCCCUUGCGCUUCUUCUUCUGCUUGCGUGUGCGGCAGCCGCUGCGGUGCUGGCCGCGUGA